UUAACCACCUCCCGUCCAACCGUUGUAUAUAAACAGCUGGAUGGUGGCAGUGCAGGGUCGGGUGGCCAUUUAUAAAUUGCCUCCCCGCACCCUGCUAGUGCGCGCUCCCUGGGAGCGCGCAGCACCACGAUCCGGUGCCGCUGUGUCCUCCGGACACAGUGGAACACCGAUCAUCGGACGGGACCUCUGUAUGAGGUCCCAAUCAUGUGAUCACUGAUUGGCCAAUCAGUGAUCACAUGCAGAGUAGUAAGCAAGAUGUCACUUGUAACAUCAUUGCUUACUACGUGUGAAAUCUGUGAAUGAUCACAGAGGUCACAUAGUACAAGGCCAAUCACAGUCCAUCUGUAUCAUGUGGUCAGCUUUGCCCAAUCACAGCUAAUCACAACAAAAGACUGAAUGAAUCAGUUUCAUUCAGUAACAAUGAUUGC